GAGGUAUGGAGCGAGGCUGAAUGCUGAAUCAGACACAAACACUGCGACUCACAGACGUUUCCAGCGCAUGUUUCGCCUCCUCCGUCUUUCCCUUCAUAUCGUUUAACCCUCAGCCGCCGUCUUCCUGUUAUUAGCCGAGAGCCGCAGCACUCAUUCAGCUGAGGAUCUGGCGAAGAGAUUUGAUUUCAGGCUGCUGGAUGGCGACACGGCAGGCGGUUAAUCAGAAAACAGCGAGUUUUUUCCUCCACGUUAGGCUGUUUAGGGCUCGGUUCAGCAGUUUGGGAUUUUUCUUUCUCGUCUGAGGUGCUCCAGGGCCCAGCGCUGCUCUCAGAGCUGCCAUGUCCCCUCCAGCCUCGGCUGCGACGGCUAGUGAGAGCAGCACCACCACGGUUUUCGAGGACGACACGGACAGCCCCAGAGAGGAGCAGAGGCCCCUGAAACAGUCCCUGAGCAAGUCGCUGUGUAGAGAAGCCUUCUGGAAAUGCCUCUUGCUCUCCAUGCUCAUGUACGGAUGCAUGGGCGCCAUGGUGUGGUGUCAUGUCACCAAGGUCACCCGGCUGAGCUUCGACACUGCCUACAAAGGGAAGUCCAUGAUGUACCACGAUAGCCCUUGCUCUGACGGCUACAUCUAUAUUCCCUUAGCAUUCCUGGUCAUGCUGUAUGUGGUCUACCUGGUGGAGUGCUGGCACUGCCAUGCGAGAAAUGAGCUGCAGUACAAGGUAGAUGUGGAGGGCAUCUACGAAAGGGUUCAGAGGAUGCAGCAGUCUAAGCCCUGUAUCUGGUGGAAAGCCAUCAGCUACCAUUACGUACGGCGAACGAGGCAGGUGACACGCUACCGCAACGGAGAUGCAUACACUACCACUCAGGUGUAUCACGAGAGGGUGAACACACACGUGGCUGAGGCUGAAUUCGACUACGGCCACUGUGGGGUGAAGGACGUUUCCAAGCAGCUGGUUGGCCUGGAUAAGUCAGCUAUCACCAAACUGAGGUUCACUAAGUGCUUUAGCUUUGCUAACGUGGAGUCUGAGAAUUCCUACUUAACUCAGCGGGCCAGGUUCUUCACCGACAAUGAGGGUCUUGACGAUUACAUGGAAGCACGCGAGGGGAUGCACCUGAAGAAUGUAGACUUCAAAGAGUAUAUGAUUGCCUUCUCAAACCCAGACAACCAUCCCUGGUACGUCUCAAAUUAUGUCUUCUGGACGGCUGCCUUCCUCACGUUCUCCUGGCCCUUGAGGGUUCUGACGGAGUACCGCACGGCUUACGUCCACUACCGAGUGGAGAAGCUUUUUGGGGUCGACUACAUUCCGGUUACGCCGUGUGACGAGCAUCCAUACUGCCGGCGUAUCCCUCGAGUGAACACCAUUGACAGCACUGAGCUAGAGUGGCACAUCCGCUCCAAUCAGCAGUUGGUGCCAAGCUACUCAGAAGCGGGUCUGAUGGACCUGGCCCAACGUUCUGGAGGUUUCCGACAGAACUGUGAGCGCUGCCAUCGUGCCAUCAGCAGCUCCUCCGUGUUCUCCCGCAGCGCCCUCAGCAUCUGCAACGGAAGCCCUCGAGUCCCCUUCAGCGGCAGCCGCUUCUCGCUGGGCCGGCUGUACGGCUCACGCCGCAGCUGCUUCUGGAGGAGCGGCAGCGGCAGCCUGGAUGAACCUGAAAGCCCAAGUGAAAACACACGCUGCCUGUCUGGCCACAUCGCCACCGCUGAGGAUGACCCCCCGCCUUACCAAGAUGCCCUCUGCUUCCCAGUUCUCAUCGUCCACUGCAGUGAGAGCUGCCCCAACCACCGCUCUUUCCAUAGGAAUGGCUCCUGCGUGGAGACCUCCUUAUGAGGUUCACUGACUCACAGCUGAUGGACAGUAACAUACGCAAAUCAGUGCGGAUGAAGAAUCCAAUGCUG